AGGUCUGCACCCAAUGACAUCCUGGGCCUUCGCCUGCCCCCAGAGCCUGUGCUGAAUGCCAACACAGUGUGCCUGACACUACCCGGCCUGAGCAAGCGGCAGAUGGAGGUGUGUGUCCGCCACCCGGAUGUGGCUGCCUCAGCCAUCCAGGGCAUCCAGAUCGCCAUCCACGAGUGCCAGCACCAGUUCCGGGACCAGCGCUGGAACUGUUCUAGCCUGGAGACCCGAAACAAGAUCCCCUACGAGAGCCCCAUCUUCAGCAGAGGUUUCCGAGAGAGCGCCUUCGCCUACGCCAUCGCGGCAGCAGGUGUGGUCCACGCCGUGUCCAAUGCGUGCGCCCUGGGUAAGCUGCGGGCCUGCGGUUGCGACGCAGCGCGACGCGGGGACGAAGAGGCCUUCCGCAGGAAGCUGCACCGCCUGCAGCUGGAUGCACUUCAGCGCGGGAAAGGCCUGAGCCACGGGGUCCCGGAGCACCCGGCCCUGCCGCCGGCCAGUCCCGGCCUGCAGGACUCCUGGGAAUGGGGCGGCUGCAGCCCCGACGUGGGCUUUGGGGAGCGCUUCUCCAAGGACUUCCUGGACUCCCGGGAGCCUCACCGAGACAUCCACGCCCGCAUGAGGCUCCACAACAACCGAGUCGGGAGGCAGGCGGUGAUGGAGAACAUGAGGCGGAAGUGCAAGUGCCACGGCACCUCCGGCAGCUGCCAGCUCAAGACUUGCUGGCAGGUGACGCCCGAGUUCCGUGCCGUGGGGUCGCUGCUGCGCAGCCGCUUUCACCGCGCCACGCUCAUUCGUCCGCACAACCGCAACGGUGGCCAGCUUGAGCCCGGCCCCGCGGGGGUCCCCUCACCCGCUCCGGGCGCCCCGGGCCCACGCCGCCGUCCCAACUCCGCUGACCUGGUCUACUUCGAGAAGUCCCCCGACUUCUGCGAGCGCGACCCGCGCCUGGACUCGGCGGGCACCGUGGGCCGCCUGUGCAACAAGAGCAGCUCGGGCCCCGACGGCUGCGGCAGCAUGUGCUGCGGCCGCGGCCACAACAUCCUUCGCCAGACGCGCAGCGAGCGCUGCCACUGCCGCUUCCACUGGUGCUGCUUCGUGGUCUGCGAGGAGUGCCGCAUCACCGAGUGGGUCAGCGUCUGCAAGUGAGAGCCCGCUCCCCGCCUCCAGGGACCCCCCCACUUCUGAAGCUCACCGAGUCCGUUAGCACGGAGCAGUCCAGGCCCGCGUGGAGCCCGGGCUCCAGCC